AUGGCGCUCCUACAGCACAAGUACAUCGUCAACUACGAGGAGCAGCAAGCCGCGUUCGAAGACUUUCUGCGCAACUUCAAGUCGUCUGCGACAGAGAACGAGGAUGCGCUGGAAGACCUGCGCCUCGAUGGCGACGGCACGAGCGACGAGUAUGACUUCAUGGACGACAUGGAAGAAGAAGCAGACGGCGCGCGCACGAGACGGAGAGGGGGCGCUACGAGAUCGAAAACGAAGUACAUGAACAUGCUGCAGGACGUCGCAAACAGAGUAAAGUCGCAGGUUUUGAUAGAUCUGGACGAUCUGCAACAAUACGAGAACAAUCUGGAUGAGGAUGGAACAUCGCUACAUCUCGUGUCAUCCAUCGAGAAGAACGCGGCGCACUACAUCGAGAUCCUGUCGCGUGCGGUCGACAGCAUUCUACCUCAGCCCGACAGAGAUGUGACUUUCAAAGACGACAUGGUGGAUUUCCUGAUCUCUCAGCGGUCGACGUGGAACGAAGCAGUGCGACAACAGCAGGAAGCAAAUAUGGACGAUGCGCCGGAGAGCCUGUUCCCACCAGAGCUUACCCGCCGAUACACGCUCAACUUCAAGCCCAUCACGCCAUCUGGUUCAAGCGACGAGAAGGGAGCAAAAGCCAUGGCCGUCAGGCAAGUGCGCGGUGAGCAUCUGGGCCAUCUCAUCACCAUUCGAGGCAUAGCAACGCGAGUGUCGGAUGUUAAGCCAUCUGUAUUGGUCAACGCCUACUCUUGCGAUCGCUGCGGGCACGAAGUCUUCCAGCCGGUCACGACGAAGCAGUUCACUCCAUUGAUUGAGUGUACCUCUCAAGACUGCCAGAACAACAACGCGAAGGGCCAGCUGUUCUUGUCUACCCGCGCCUCCAAAUUCCUGCCUUUCCAGGAGAUCAAGAUUCAGGAGAUGGCAGACCAAGUGCCCGUCGGGCACAUUCCAAGACAGCUUACAGUGCAUUGUCACGGCGCCCUUGUCCGACAAGUCAACCCUGGAGACGUCAUUGACAUUGCUGGGAUCUUCCUACCAAUCCCGUACACUGGCUUCAAGGCGAUCAAAGCUGGCCUUCUUACAGACACCUACCUCGAAGCACAGAAUGUCCGCCAGCACAAGAAAGCGUACGACAACAUGGUCCUCGCUCCCACCACGAUCAGUCGCAUGGCUGAGCUGGAGCAGUCAGGGCAAUUGUACGAGUACCUCAGCAGAUCGAUCGCACCCGAGAUUUUCGGCCAUCUGGACGUCAAGAAGGCGCUACUGCUCCAGCUGAUUGGUGGUGUCACCAAGGAGAUGGGCGACGGCAUGCGCAUUCGUGGCGAUAUCAAUGUCUGUCUGAUGGGUGAUCCUGGUGUUGCAAAAUCUCAGCUCUUGAAGUACAUCACCAAAGUUGCUCCGCGCGGUGUUUACACGACCGGCCGUGGUAGCAGUGGCGUUGGUCUGACAGCAGCUGUGAUGCGAGAUCCCGUUACGGAUGAAAUGGUCCUCGAAGGAGGUGCACUUGUCCUGGCUGAUAACGGCACUUGCUGUAUCGACGAGUUCGACAAGAUGGACGACUCCGACCGGACUGCUAUCCACGAAGUCAUGGAGCAGCAGACGAUUUCAAUCUCGAAAGCCGGAAUCACGACAACGCUCAAUGCCAGGACGUCAAUUCUUGCCGCUGCCAAUCCGCUGUAUGGGCGAUACAACCCACGCAUCUCGCCUGUGGAGAACAUUAAUCUGCCUGCUGCGCUGCUGAGCAGAUUUGACGUUCUGUUCCUGAUACUGGACCUUCCCUCUCGCGACGCAGACGAGGAGCUAGCGCGACACGUCACGCACGUCCACAUCCACAACGCGCAUCCAGAGCCGCAAGGAGGUGGUCUGAUCUUCUCUCCCAACGAGGUCCGGCAAUGGGUCGCUCGAGCUCGCUCUUUCCGACCUGUGGUACCAAAGCAGGUCUCGGACUACGUCGUCGGCGCCUACGUGCGGUUACGACAGCAGCAGAAGCGCGAUGAAGCUGGCAACAAGACCUUCACACAUACUUCAGCCCGUACGCUGCUAGGUGUACUCCGUCUAUCGCAGGCUCUUGCGCGGUUACGCUUCGCAGAGGAGGUCAUCACGGAUGACGUCGACGAGGCUCUGCGACUGGUUGAAGUUAGCAAAGCUAGCUUGUACGACGAUAGGAGAGACCGUCGUGGCGACCAUUCGGCGAGCACUAAGAUCUUCAACCUCGUCAGAGGUAUGCGAGAGAGCGGUGCUGCUGCCACUGGCGAGGGUCGCGGUGAGCUUGACAUGCGACGUGUGAGGGAACGAGUGCUCGCGAAGGGCUUUACGACACAGCAGCUGGAAGCCUGUUUGAACGAAUACGCUGAUCUAGAUAUCUGGCAGACCGCCGCGGAGGGGACACGGCUGGUCUUCAUCGAAGCCGACGACGCUGAUAUGGACGAUGAUGACUUUUGA